AUGAUCGGAGACGGCGAGAGCUAUAAGAGCUACCCAAAAAUGAGAGAGGAGGAUACUCGGUACCAGAACGGAGAUAAUGUCACUUGGUUCCAAAUCGAUCGCAAGUACUUGCUCCCAGAAACUCUUAUUGACUUCGGUUUGCCGUGGGAUUAUUUGGAGACGGACCCGAAUUAUAUUGUGAUCAAAAAGUCUAUCACUGAUGAUAUCCUAGAGGAGCUUUUUGCACACACAAGACGACUCAAGGAGGGCAACAAGAUUCAGAGUUAUGCAGAGCAGUCCCCCUGGCAGGACGUGAAUCCUUUCAAUCCUUCCGGUCCCUUCAAUCCCGAUCAAAAUUUGAAUUAUCAGCCGCCUAAGUGCGUAUCACUCGGUGUACCACUGAGCUUUGAUAUCGGUCUCAAAUCGUCCACUGUCAAGCGAUCUGUGGACGGUUUCAGAGCUGACCCAUCCCACCGGGGACAUGUCGGCCAAAGACUUGACGUCGUUAGUUCGCGGAUGCCGGGGUAUGGAAAAGUGGUUCUUUAUCGAACAGAUGCAACAGUCAAUGAGGGGCAGGACCCUCAGUUCUCAUGGACGUGA